GCCCCUCGCACGUCCCUGUAAGGGGAUGAACAAAAAAGAAACAUUUCUCAGAAUACACUUUUUCAUGAGACAUUAGGAAUACGAAUAUUACUACAGAUCUCUGAUCAGCUUCAGACUUCAUCUCUUACCAUACCAAGAACAGAGACUUUCAGGUCUCCUUGUUGAUGAUUUCACGAUGUCAGCACUUUUGAUGUACCUGAAGCAGCCAAGCUGCAUCUACUGUGCAUAUAUAUGGUUGGCAACCCUAGCUGUGGUGAAUGCACAGGAAGUGUUACAUCCCAAACCUGAUGAGGUUCAGAUUUUAAAUGAAGACAGCGGAGGACUUCACUUCUUAGCAGACCAAGGAAACACAAACUAUCCAGCCCUGGCAUCACAGCCCAUUGAAGUGGCAGCUCUAGGAAGACCUCUGUUUCCUGGUAUGCUGUAUGACUGCCGCAAGGAUACCUUCAUUCCAGGUGUUACUCUGUGGGAUAAGAAGUCACUGAGUGAAGAUUUGGACAGUCGUUCAAAGCCCAUGACAGAUCUGAAGUUCAGUAGCUCAGACUCUCUCUCUAGUAAGUCCAGUCUCCUGGAUGUAAGUGCUUCGUUGAAGGCCAGCUUCUUGGGAGGGCUGGUGGAGGUGGGAGGAUCUGCCAAGUUUCUGCGUGACACCAAAUCCUCAAACCAACAGUCCAGAGUAACAAUGUAUUACAAAGAAACCACAAGAUUUGAACAGCUCACCAUGACCCAGCUGGGCCAGAUCACCUACCCUCAGGUGUUUGAGCAGAAAACUGCAACUCAUGUGAUCACGGGUGUACUGUAUGGAGCUCAGGCCUUCAUGAUGUUUGAUCGGACAUUUUCAGAAGAGGAAAACAAGCAGGAGAUUGAGGAAGGACUGAAUAUCAUGGUCAAGAAGAUUCCUCUAUUUUCCAUUGAGGGAACAGGAGCUAUAAAGAUGACAGAUGGUGAUAAGAAAGUGGCUGAGAACAUUGCCUGCACGUUUUAUGGUGACUUCCGCCUUGAUCAUAACCCCACCACUUACAUGGAGGCCCUGGAGGUGUACAAGAAGCUCCCCAAUAUACUGAAGGAGAAUCCACAGAAUGCAGUUCCAGUAAAAGUCUGGCUCUAUCCUCUUUCUCUACUGGAUACAAAAGCUGCUCAGUUGGAGAGAGAAAUUAGCACGCCUCUGGUUUCCAACACUGUAGAUAUAAUAGAGGGGCUGGAAGAGGCAGAGAGGACAUGCAACGACCUCUCCAGAAAACCACUGGUGAAUGUUUUCAGAGACAUCAAAGACAGGCUGCAAUCAUUUCAGAAUUCAUUUAGCAGUCACAAGACAAUGCUCCUGAAAGCUGUCAGCAGGGUCUUGCCUGCUAUACGAGGAGGAGGGAUGGAGGAGAAGUCACUGGAAGACAUCCUGAAGAUCCACUACAGCUCCCCUUUCAAAGCUGACAAGCUUAACCAGUGGUUAGAUCUUGCAAAGUCUGAACUUGACCUCUUGAGUACUCAAACCAAGAUUCUGGAGGGAAUCAAAACUGAAGACUCAAACCAUCUCAAGACCAUCCUCCUUAAUCCUGACAUUGAUGUUUUGGUGUGCUUGACCUUCACAUCUCUGAAGUAUGAAGACCAGUAUCUUUCAACCCAGAAGGAGUUUGUGGAAUCUGACAAGUUUAAAGAGCUAGAUGUGGAAAUGAAACCGCAUUCUAACACAUUAGCAUCAGAAGAGUGGUUCAACAAUCCUGAUGUCAUCUCUAAGAUGAGAGAGAACUUAUCUCUUUUCAAAAGUUUUUCAGAGGCUAAUAAAGAUGACAAGAGAUACCGAUUCAUUGUGUCUGCCAUCUCCGAUCCAUCCAGUCCAGGCUCCUCCAUCUAUCUGUAUGAAAAAGGGAAGCUGACAAACAGACAGUUCCAGCCUGUGUCGAAGCCUCCCCCACCAGAAGUGAAGGCGGUCCUGGAGGGCAGUGUGUCCCUGAAACUGCAAAAGUCCCCGACUGGAGAAACUGUGCAGUACAGAGUGGAAUACAAGGAGGUGAAAGCAGCUGAGGAACAGUGGCUUGUCAUAAACACACCUGAUGAAGACUUUAAGCUGACUGAGUUGGAGGUCAGAAAGCAGUACUUGAUCCGCUACAGGAUUGUGGGUAAAGUGGGAGUGAGUGAAGCCAGUGACACUAUCAAUCCCAUAGACAUCGACUUUCCCGAGACCAGGAACGACUUCCUACAAUAUUCCCGUCAGCUCACUCUGGAUCUGAACACGGUGAAUAAAUGGAUCAGUCUGUCUGAGGGAAAUACACUGAUUACUGACACUUACCCAAAGACUCAGUGGUAUCCUGAUCAUCCAGACAGAUUUGAUUGGUCUCAGGUGUUGUGUACAGAGAGUGUGAGUGAUCGACGCUCUUACUGGGAGGUUGAGUGGAGAGGUCUUGAAGUGUUUUUAUCAGUGUCAUAUAAGAGCAUCAAGAGGAAGGCAGGGAGUGAGAGUCGGUUUGGAGCUAGUGAUCAGUCCUGGAGUUUGAGCUGCUCUUCCUCCAGAUAUGGAUUCAGAUACUCAUUUGGACACAAAGACAAAUGGACUGAACUCCCUGUAAAGCCCGUCAGCAUUAGAACAGUACAUGAGGAGAAUUACUAUAGAACAGGAGUGUAUGUGGAUCACAGUGCAGGAACUCUGUCCUUCUACAGCGUCUCUGGAGACAUAAUGACCCACCUCCACACAGUCCAGACCACAUUCACUCAACCUCUCUAUCCUGGGUUUGGGUUUGGUAAUAAAUCAUCAAUGAAACUGUUGAUGAAUCAGAACAGACUGUAGAGAGACUCUACCCAUAAUGCUUUGAGCUGAUGAUGAAUCAGUGACAGUGAGACUCUACCCAUAAUGCUUUGAGCUGAUGAUGAAUCAGUGACAGUGAGAUGUUAUAGAGUCUCUUCAUUACAUUGAUACUGUGACACUGAAAUAUCAUGUCGGAAUAAAAGUGUGAGACAGA